AUGGCUACAUUCGUUAUGCAAUCUCUAGGAUGCGAAGUCGCUGCUCUGAAUACAGUACAGUUCAGUUAUGGACAAGCGAAAGGAACACGUGCUUCCGCGGCCGAAAUAUCGGAUCUCUAUCAAGGCCUCAAGAACUCGUACCUCGACGAUUUCAAUAUGAUGCUCUCGGGCUAUUUGCCUGGAGCCGCCUCGGUCGAAGCCGUCGGCUCAAUAGCUCGCGAUUUGAAAUUAAAAAGUACAAUGAAGCCGGGAAGUUUCUUCUGGGUUUUAGAUCCGGUCAUGGGGGAUAAUGGGAAAUUGUAUGUGGCAGAGGACGUAGUGCCGGCAUAUAAAACAUUAAUCAAAGAUGCGGAUUUGAUCCUGCCGAAUCAGUUUGAGGUUGAAACAUUAUCCGGUGUCAGGAUUCAAGAUAUGGAAACGCUUAAAUUGGCCAUUACGACUUUACACGAAGUAUAUAAAAUUCCUCAUAUAAUGGUUACAUCUAUUUCGCUUCCUUCUCCUGGCGCGGAGCCCCAUCUUUCCGUCGUGGGCUCAACCAUGACAUCAACAGCCGAGCCAAGAAUUUUUAGCAUCAAGAUACCGGCGAUUGAUUGUUUCUUCAGUGGGACGGGAGAUAUGUUUGCAGCGCUCAUGUUAGUGAGAUUCAAAGAGGCAGUGUGUAAUGUGGAAGGACUACUGGAAAAAGAUGCGUGGAUUAGUGAUGAUGAGGUCGAAGCUACGGACUUACCCCUUGCGAGGGCUACGGAGAAGGUUUUGGCUAAUCGAAGGCGGCCGAGGUGA